UCACUAUGCACCAACUCCCACAGUUUUCUCUCUGAAGUUCAAACCGUUUCUCUCAGCACUUCACACUCGCUCGCACGAAUCUUCUUCAUAAUGGCAGGAAAUGGCAACAACAAUGGCUUCGUGAAUCAGAAUGAAGAACAACAAAGGGCAAUUUUAAGCAAUGUCCAUACCUUAAUAGGAGAAGCUGUUGCUCAUGUUGACAUUGACUUGGGUCUAUUAAAUACUCUGAUUCAACAAGCGUUUGUACGCAUCCAACAACUGUUUGUAGCUGGACAUGAAAAAGGGUUCGACCUUGACAGCCGCUUCAUGACGCAGCUUUCCCAGUUGUCAGAUGUGUUGCACUCGGUAAAUGAGAGUUAUCACACAGCAAAGCAGGAUUUGGAUCAGGUUAAAGCUUCAUUGGUCAUGGCAAACCAGCGGCUGCAUGGUUUGAUCCGGCCUGAAUCCCCCUGAAGACUUGUUGAUGAGAUUGUCAAAUUAACUCGGAAGUUUUAAUUCUGUUUUAGUGUGAAGUUGCAUUCAGUGUUAGUUUCUUAACCAACUUAGUUCUAGACUUCUAGGUUUAGUUUACUGUAGUUAGACUACUUGAGUUAGUUAACUGAUUUGCAAUUAUCAUUAUCAAUAAAUGGUUCCCGGUAACUAACUUCAUUUUCAA